AUGAAACUCAGUGGAGGUGACCAACAAUGCUACAUUUUGGACUACCAAUGCUUCAAACCAACCGAUGAUAGAAUGCUUGACACUCAGCUCUGCAGGGACCUUUUGAUGCGCUCCAAAACUCUUGGCCUUGAAGAGUUCAAGUUCCUUCUCAAAGCCGUUGUCAACUCCGGUCUCGGCGAGCAAACCUACGGCCCUAGUGUCGUCUUCUCCGCCACCGAACACUGCCCUUUGCUUCUCGACGCCAUCUCGGAGAUGGAUGAGUUCUUCCACGACUCCCUUCAAAAGCUCUUCGACAAAUCCCACGUUUCCCCCGACAAAAUCGAUAUCCUCGUUGUCAACAUCUCUUCCAUGUCCACCUCCCCUUCUUUUGCCUCUAGAAUCAUCAACAGGUACAAAAUGAGAGACGACAUUAAAGUGUUCAAUCUAAGUGGAAUGGGGUGCAGUGCAAGCUUAAUCUCUAUAGACAUUGUGAGACGACUGUUCAAAUCUUACAAGAACUCAUACGCGAUCGUUGUGACCUCCGAGUCUCUAACUCCAAAUUGGUAUCUGGGUAACGACCGUUCGAUGAUUUUAGCCAACUGUUUGUUCCGAAUCGGGGGCGCUGCCAUACUCUUGACGAAUAAAAGGAACAUGAAGAACAGAGCAAUGUUGAAGCUCAAAUGUCUUGUUAGAACCCACCAUGGAGCUGUGGAUGAGUCUUACGGUUGUUGCGUUCAAAAGGAAGACGACAAAGGAAACUUAGGCAUUUAUCUGGGAAAGAACCUUCCAAAGGCAGCAACAAGUGCAUUCAUUGACAACCUAACAGAAAUCUCCCCCAAAAUCCUUCCCAUAACAGAGAUAAUCCGGCUGACAUUAUCCAAAAUAAUCCACAAACUCUCCUCCACUGGCUCGUGGAAGCCGCAGCGGCCGGACUUCCGAACAGCGGCGGAGCAUUUCUGCCUGCACACGGGAGGAAAGGCAGUGAUAAAUGGGGUUGGAAAGAGCUUGAGGCUGACGGAGCAUGAUCUGGAGCCAGCCCGAAUGACCCUUCACCGAUUUGGGAACACAUCGGCCAGCAGCCUGUGGUACGUGUUGGGCUACAUGGAGGCCAAGAAGAGGCUGAAGAAGGGCGAUAGAGUGCUUAUGAUAAGCUUUGGCGCAGGGUUUAAAUGCAACAGCUGCUUGUGGGAAGUGACGGCGGCGGAUUUGGGUGGUCGGAAGGGUAAUGUGUGGGAAGAUUGCAUUAAUAGCUACCCGCCGGUGUCUUUGGUUAACCCUUUCUUGGAAAGGUUCGGCUGGAUUCAGAACCAAGAUGCUUCCACUUUCAAGUCACUUUGAUUCAUACCUUUUUACUUUUAAAUUUAAAAAUUUCGAGAUUAAAACAUCCACCCUCACCCGUAAUAGAUGUUUUA